GUCUCUCCUAGGCGUCUCCCCAGGACGCAGGCGCACUGCUUGUUCCCGCGUUAACAUUGCUGAUUCUGGGAGACUGCUGAUGACGUCAGCGUCCAGUCUACAUGGCUGCUCGCAGGCGGGGAAGCCGCAGUGGCGGGAGAAGAGCUUCUGUAGCAUUGAAUGCAACUGACAGAGUUAACAAUGACAACACAGCUACAGAAGACCCUCCUGCUGCCAAGAAAAGUCGAAGAUGCCAGAAGCAGGGAGUACAAAAGGAUUCUGUGGCUGGAGGAAAGACUGAUCAUGAUGGGACAGAAAACAAGCAAGAAUCUGUGAAGACCUUACUAUUAAAGGGCAAAGCUCCUGUCGACCCAGAAUGCACUGCCAAAGUGGGCAAGGCCCAUGUCUACUGUGAAGGCAACGAUGUUUAUGAUGUUAUGCUAAAUCAGACAAAUCUCCAGUUCAACAACAACAAGUACUAUUUGAUUCAGCUCCUAGAAGAUGAUGCCCAGAGGAACUUCAGCGUUUGGAUGAGAUGGGGCCGAGUUGGGAAAAUAGGGCAGCACAGCUUGGUGGCUUGUUCAAAGGACCUCAACAAGGCCAAGGAGAUCUUUCAGAAGAAAUUCCUUGACAAAACAAAAAAUAAUUGGGAGGAUCGUGAGAAGUUUGAGAAGGUGCCUGGCAAAUAUGAUAUGCUGCAAAUGGACUAUGCUGCCAAUACUCAGAGUGAAGAGGAAACAAAAAAAGAAGACUCUCUUAAAUCCCAACUGAAACCAGAAUCGCAGCUAGAUGUUCGCGUACAGGAGCUGAUAAAGUUGAUCUGUGAUGUCCAGGUUAUGGAAGAGAUGAUGAUAGAAAUGAAGUAUGAUACCAAGAAAGCCCCACUUGGGAAGCUGACAGUGGGACAAGUCAAGGCAGGCUACCAGUCUCUUAAGAAGAUUGAAGAUUGUAUUCGGGCUGGCCAGCAUGGGAGAGCUCUGCUGGAAGCAUGCAAUGAAUUCUACACCAGAAUCCCACAUGACUUUGGACUCCGGACCCCUCCAUUAAUCCGGACAGAGAAAGAACUUUCAGACAAAAUCCAGCUACUGGAGGCUUUAGGAGACAUUGAAAUUGCCAUUAAGUUGGUGAAGACAGAACUACAAAGCUCAGAACACCCACUGGAUCAACACUACAGAAAACUGCAUUGUGUCUUGCACCCUCUAGAUCAUGAAAGUUCUGAGUUCAAAGUAAUUUCCCAGUACCUGCAGUCUACCCAUGCUCCCACACACAGUGACUACACCAUGACCUUGCUAGAUGUGUUUGAAGUGGAGAAGGAGGGCGAGAAAGAAGCCUUCAGAGAGGAACUUCAUAACAGGAUGCUUCUGUGGCAUGGAUCCAGGCUGAGUAACUGGGUGGGAAUCCUGAGCCAUGGGCUUCGAAUUGCCCCACCCGAGGCUCCCAUCACCGGUUAUAUGUUUGGAAAGGGAAUCUACUUUGCUGACAUGUCUUCCAAGAGUGCAAAUUACUGCUUUGCCUCUCGCUUAAAUAAUACUGGGCUGCUGCUUUUGUCAGAGGUAGCUCUUGGUCAGUGUAAUGAACUACUAGAAGCCAAUCCUGAAGCAGAAGGAUUACUUCAGGGCAAACACAGCACCAAGGGGCUGGGCAAGAUGGCUCCCAGUCCUGCUUGUUUCACCACCCUGAAUGGGAGUACAGUGCCCUUAGGACCAGCAAGCGACACAGGAAUUCUGAAUCCAGAGGGUUAUACCCUCAACUACAACGAAUUUAUUGUCUACAACCCCAACCAGGUCCGGAUGCGAUACCUUCUAAAGGUUCGAUUUAAUUUUCCGCAGCUGUGGUGAAUGCUAGUAUUGAAUAUGCAAGAGGAAACUGUCUGACCAAGCAAACAGGCACUGU